AUGCCUUGGACGGCCUUCGGUGAUGCAGCAUGGCUGUUCUGUCUCCUGAUCUGUAGAUAUGGACCAAUGUCUUUUGUCUGGCGUCCAUGCAAGCUGGCCCGUAGCGAAUCCUUCCUUGGUGUUUGUCAGGCAUCAAACGCGAUAGCCCCCGUAUUAGACCACUCUCCGUCUUGUCUCAGGCUGAUAUACUACGGAGGCACUAUCACAACAUCCACGGUCCUGUCCUGCCAUCAGCCCGAGUCCCUGCAUGAAAAACCAGAAAACGAGACGCGUUGCAAUGCACCAUGGCGUUCUCGUACAGCGCAACCAGACGAGCGCCCAAUCGACUUGCGAAGCCAGACUUUGUUUGCUUUGCUAGCGCCUCGCUCAUAUGCGUGCGGUUACACCAUGGCUUUGACGCCGCUCGCUCAUUCGCUCCAGGCUCAGCCUCGCUUGGAGGGCGGGACGAUCGGUAGUAUUCCGCCGACCGACGAAGAUCAGGACGGCUCCGAGGAGAAAGAAUUGCAGAAAAGAGACGAGACGAGAAGACUGGAGACAAGACUGACGGAUGGACAGGCCAGCAGUCGCGAGCUUGAUCCAGCACAGCAGCGGCAUGUUGCCAUCUUCAUGUAUGCUCUGACAACCCCUAAACCCCCUCUGUGGUCUGUGGUAAUCCCAAACACAUUGAUCACUUUUUCUUAA